UGUAAAAGUGAUGUACAGAGGGGUUACAGUUACAUAAGUCAGGUAUGAGUACAUUUCUUUUUGAACAUUGUCAUCCCCUAUCUCGUUUUUCCCUCUCAACCCCCACAAACUAUUAAUACCUAAUGUUGCUGAGCUAGUUUUUCUUUUUUUCUUCCUUUUGUCCAAGACUGGGAUUUGAACUUGGUAUCUGACACUCCCCACUCUCUUACAUACAAAGCUUUCCAUAGUGUCUUUCCUAGAACCUGUGAAUUUGUUACUUUUCAUGGCAUAAGGUUUACCUUCCAGAGGCUGACCAUGCUCUGCCAGCGGAGGGCACAGCCAAGGAGGGAGACUGCCAGCCUGCCAAGAUGAAACGCCUCGAAGGCCCACACAUGCGCCGCGGGCCAGGUAAGUUCUGUGGCUCCUGGGCUCCUGAGGAAGAACUGGAAUCUGCGAACCCAUUAGAAGAGAAGGAAGAGGACGACCGCUCAGAUCCGGAUCUUGUCCCAUUUCCAGAGCUGGAGGAGAGUGAUGUUGGGGAUCCAGCUGUACUUGUUGCCAUCCCCAAUACCCAGCCUGCACUUUCUAGUGCCAGCUCUCCAGCCCGGCACUUUGGACUCCGACAGCCUUCUCCCGACCCGUCUCUCUACUGUAGCCCACUGACCACAUGGCCUUCGAGGCUCAGCCUUCCCAGUCAUCUGACUCAGCUCCACCCUCAGCACAAACGGAUCUUGCAGCUGCAGCAGCAAACCCAAACAACAAGUCCCCCAGUCAAGAAGCCUUGGUCUCCGCAGCCAGACACUUUUGCUAGCCUCAUGACCCGCAAGGAGAAGGACUGGGUGAUCAAAGUUGAGAUGGUUCAGCUGCAGAGUGAGAACCCCCACUUGGAUGAUUAUUACUACCAGGAAUACUAUCGAAAGCUAGAGAAGAAGCAGGCCGAUGAAGAGCUACUUGGACAAAGGAACAGAAUUGAGACUUUCAAGCUGGUGACACCUUAUAUUCAGAAGGCAGAGGCUUAUGAGUCUGUGGUUCGAAUCGAGGGCUCCUUGGGCCAGGUAGCUGUAUCAACAUGUUUUAGCCCUCGCCGAGCUAUUGAUGCUGUAUCACAUGGAACUCAAGAGCAGGAAACCGGAGCUGCGAGCAGUCAGAGGCUUCGAGUAUUAUCCCGAAUUGAGAAGAUGUUCCUUCAGUUACUAGAGAUGGAGGAAGAGCAGAAGGAUGGGCUUCUACAGCCCUGCUUUUCUGGGCAGAAGAGCAACCAGGUUGAGAAGCUCUUUCAGGCCUUAAACAUUCAGGAGCAGGACAACAUGGAGGAGGCAACAGAUAGCUUCCUGCAGGUGCUCUCUGUGAAGAAGGGGAAAACCUUGGUGGCCAGGCUGCUCCCCUUUCUUCCCCAUGACCGAGCUGUUAGCCUUCUUCUGGCUAUUAUACGCCAUCUGCCCAUCCUUGUUCAGAGAGACAUGGCAGACCAGGCCCUACACAUGUUAUUCAAACCUCUGGGCAAAUGUAUUAGAAACUUGACCUUCCAUGAGCUUCUCCAAGGACUUCAGGGGCUAAUGUUGCUGCCAGUUGGCUCCUCAGAGCGUCGGAUUGCUGUGGUACUUCAGAACCAGUUUGGAAUAUCUUUGCUUUAUGCCUUACUGAGUCAUGGAGAACACCUGCUAUCCCAGGAUUCUUCCCUUGAACUCAACAGUGAUCACACAGCUUGGACAGACUUGGUGGUUCUGAUUGCCUGGGAGAUAGCCCGAAUUCCUGCAGCCUCCCUGGCAGAACCUCUAGCCUUUCCCAGCAACCUUCUUCCCCUGUUCUGUCACCAUGUGGACAAACAGUUGGUUCAACAACUGGAGGCCAGGAUGGAACUUGCCUGCAUCUCCUGAUCUGGAAUAUACGAGAAGUUUAAUCAUUAUACACCAAGCUAACUGAAUUGUCUACAGGGAUCCAGAGUCUGAAGACAUUGCAUAUGUCUUGAUAUUGGAGGAUCCUACCCAAACCAUUUUCAUAUCAUUUCCUUGAAAUCUAAAUGAUGUGCCUAAGAACAAAGUGUGGCUGAAGGUAUAAUUAAAGAGGAAAUUGAAUGGUAUUGCCAGAACUUCUUUGUAAAUUAGAUGUAAUGAAGUCCAUUGAGUCACUGUGUUGAGGAUGUCCCUAUUAUAAGCGAUGUCAUAUCUUAACAAAAACAUAACCUGG